AUGUUAGCACGAUUAACAGCAGAAACAGAAGAAGAAGCAGAUAAAAAAUGUUGUGUGUUUGAAGCAGCUUGUGUACUAUUUUAUGACGCCGUAAACGACAUAACAGAAGAUGGUACUGAAUGUGUCACCGAAGUAGUAGAUGUUUUUCAGUAUAACGAUGUGUCGAAAUGUGAUGACAAUAGUACAUUGUAUGAUGCCAAGGCAAUGCCUUUGGAUAAGGCUGUCGAAGAAGCUAAAUUAGCAAUAUGUUAUUUUUUUAAUAAUAAAUUUGACGAUGCCCGCGCUUUAAUGAUGCCUUACGCACACUGUAGCAUGUACCAUUCAAUGGGUCGUGCCGUAUUUUCAUUUUUGGAGGCGAUACUUACAUUUGAACAACAGCACAUUAUUAAAGCAGGCGAAGAAUUACGAAAAUGUUUAGAUGUCUGUCAGAGACAACGUCGCAAAGUUACUAUAACCCAGUCAAUAGGAAAAAAAUUUAAAAGAUGACGAAAUUCAACACAUACAAGCUAUAUAGAGACCUUAAUACCUCUACCAAAUUUUAUGAGGAUCGAUCAAAAUAUACUAAGAAGAUUUCGCAUUCAAUACAGUUUACGAAAACA